AUGAUGCCAUUCGGCUUAAAAAAUACAGGAGCCACAUAUCAGCGGCUGGUGAACUCCAUAUUCAGAGAUCAGAUCGGAAAGCACAUGGAAGUUUACGUGGAUGACAUGAUUAUUAAGAGCGUCAGGACUGAAGACCACCCAGCAGAUGUGAAGGUAGUCCUAGAGACACUGAAAAGGUACCAAUUAAAACUAAAUCCAGAGAAGUGUGUAUUCGGAGUACCAGCGGGCAAGUUUUUGGGAUACAUGGUCUCUCAGCGUGGGAUCGAAGCCAACCCAGACAAAAUUGAAGCAGUCCUAAAAAUGACACCGCCCCGGAGCAUACACGAAGUCCGGAAACUCAACGGGCGGAUCACUGCCCUAGGUCGAUUCAUGUCCUGCUCGGCGAAGCGAUGCUUACCUUUCUUCAAGAUGCUGAAACAGAUCAAGAACUUCACAUGGACGGCAGAAUGCCAGACGACGUUUGAGGAAUUGAAAAGCUUCCUCUCGUCACCCCCACUCUUGGCGAGACCAGAUCCGGGCGACGUAUUAUAUUUAUAUAUCUCUUGUUCUGACGAAACAAUAGCAGGAGUACUAGUAUCGGAGAAAGAAGGAGAACAAUACCCGAUCUACUACAUCAGCAAGGUGCUCAGGGAUGCAGAGCUAAGAUACCCAAAGUUGGAGAAACUGGCGUUGUGUGUAUACACCGCCACAAUUAAACUCCGGCAUUACUUCGAAGGACACCAGGUUAUUGUACGGACCGACCAACCAUUACGAAAAAUCCUCCAGAAGGCGGAAACAAGUGGACGUAUAGCAGAAUGGGCUGUCAAGAUAGGAAGCUUGGGCGUUAUCUAUGAAGCCCGGAAAGCCUUGAAGGCUCAGGCACUAGCCGACUUCUUCGCAGAAUUAACAUUUAUGGAACCGAUGGAAAAGAAAGCGAUUCCCUGGGAAAUACACGUUGACGGAGCAGUUUGUGGAGAAGGAGCAGGAUUCGGUGUCGUACUCAAAGGACCAGGGAGAGUCCAAAUGGAAUACUCGGCAAGACUCGAAUUUCCAGCUUCCAACAAUGUUGCGGAAUAUGAGGCACUAAUAACAGGAUUACAGUUGUGUGAAGAACUCAAUAUCUUCAAAGCCCAGAUCUACAGCGACUCACAACUGGUCGUGAACCAAUUCUCAGGGAAUUUCGAGGUAAAGGAAACUACACUGAAGAAAUACGCCAAGCAAGCCAAAACCUUCUUCGUCACCAAUGGGCGAUCUUGGUCAUUACAACAAAUACCUAGAGCAAUGAAUGGAAGGGCAGACGAAUUGGCAAAGUGGGCCGCAACAAGGAAUUACGAUUCAAUGAAGAACAUCCCUCACGAAAUCAAACGACAACCCAGCUUCCAAGAGGAAAUUGAAGAAGGCGAAGUACUAAUGGUGGAAGGAGAAGAAACUUGGAUGACUCCCCUCACGACAUAUUUAGCUGAUGGAAUACUCCCUGAGGACAGAAAGGAAGCCAAAAAGAUAGUGAUAUUAUCAUCCAAGUUCGGAAUAUACAAUGGCCAGCUAUACAAACGGUCAUUCACCCAUCCCUGGCUGAGGUGUGUUAACAAAGAAGAAGGAGAGUAUAUCAUGAAGGAACUACACGAGGGGACUUACGGAGCACAUGACGGAGCGUCAACUCUGGUCAGGAAAGCCCUAUUACAAGGCUACUAUUGGCCUAUGAUGAAAGAGCAAGCAACAACACUGGUAAGAGGAUGUUGGCCUUGCCAACAACAUGCUUUGGUACCUAGAAAACAAGCUUCAGAAAUGAAACCAAUCGGCAGUGCAUGGCCCUUCGCCCAGUGGGGGAUGGAUAUCCUGGGACCUCUCCCUCCGGCCACAGGACAGAGAAACUUCCUAGCAGUGGCGAUUGACCACUUCACUAAGGUUGGAAUACCGAAGGUGCUGAUCACAGACAAUGGAAAGCAGUUCGACUCAGCAAAAUUCAUAAAGUUCUGUGCAGAAUAUCAGAUCGAUCUAAGGUUCACCUCGGUUUACCAUCCACAAUCAAAUGGGCAAACCGAAGUGGCCAACAAAAUUCUAUUGGCCGGACUAAAAAGAAGACUAGACGAAUACCAAGGAAGAUGGGUAGAAGAACUCUACAGCGUCCUAUGGAACUACCGUACCACCCCUAGAGAAUCAACAUGCGAAACUCCAUUCGCCCUAGCCUAUGGAACGGAGGCUGUAUUUCCUAUAGAGAUUGGCGCACCUACACCAAGGACAGAAGACAACCAGCUGAACCUAGAAGAAAACGAAGCAGAACUCAGGAACAAUCUGGAUCUCUUGGUCGAAAAGAUCAACAAAUCAGAUAUCAGGAUGGAAGCUUACAGACAAAAAAUGGCCAAAUAUUUCAACAGCCAUGUGAAGAAAAGAAAGUUCAAACUAGGCGAUCUCGUCAUGAGGAAGACCGAAGUCAAAAAAGGAGAGACAGGGAGCGGAAAGCUGCAACCAAACUGGGAAGGACCUUACACCAUCAGCGAGGUCAUUAAGGAAGGAACGUUCAAACUCACCAACUCCAUGGGAAGAAUCAUACCAAGGACAUGGAACGCCAACUCCAUGGGAAGAAUCAUACCUAAGGAAAAUUUAGCAAAAAUAGUUUGCCACUCAGCAUGA